UAUACGCACACGCACGUCACGCACACACAUGCGAAAGAAUAGAUAGCGCAAAACGGAAUUCUAAUCGACAAUCGCAACUCGCAACAAUAAUUUGUUAUUGCGGCGAACGGAGACGACGAUUCAUUAACGCCACAAUAGGUAGUGUUUACUGUUUAAUGUCGUCGUUGCAUAAAAUGUCAUUAUCGUUUUUGCAUUAAUUACUGCGAUAUUAAACACCGGUCACCGAAGCCGUCGUCGCCCGUUGGCCGUUUCAACUUGCUCGUCGCGCAGAACCUCCGUCCGCCGUCGUCUUACGUUCGCGCCCUGCGUACACACGACUGCACGAACGGCCAGUGCAGCUGAGGUUGACACCCACAGACGUGUUUUCGUACAACCUGCAAAUAAGAAAUUGGCAUUUUUGACACAACAUCCUUUCGCCAUUAUCAGCGUGACGAAACUGAGAUAGUACGAUUUGGGUAACGCUCGGUUUCUGACUAGAAUCACGGACGCACCAUGGAACACAGAUACAACUAUUUCCAGCAAAACCCCAAUUCCUUUUUUAAUGGACAGUCGGCGUUCAACCGACAGUCUGCCGAUGGGAUUCAGUCAACCAAUAAUUACUCUGGAAGCAUACCACCCACAUCUCUCUCAGAUCAAUCACCGUUCCAUGAGAAAAUGCAUUCAAAUCCUAAUGCAGUUCCAUUAAUGAAUAAUCAUUCAUACCCAAUGGAGUCUGCUAAUCUACCACCACGCUCUUCUGGGCCACCUAGGACUAAUGCUAAAGGAAUUUAUGAAAAUUCUCAAUCAUCAAUUCCAAAUGUUGUAAGCCUUGCUCAAUCUAAUAAUGCUGAAAACUACGCAAUAAAUCCAGACUUUCAGUUACAACCUCAUCUUACUGCUUUGUUACCACAGCAAUCUAAAAAAGUUCCAGAACUGUAUCCAGUAGCUAAAUACAAUACUACUAAAGGAUCCAUAGCAGAAAAUAUGAAUACCAACUAUUUUUCUUCAAAUAAACCUUAUCCUGAACCCAAAAUUAUUGAGUAUGAUAUGGAAGAAACAUCUACUGAAAGUUCACCACAGCAUACUUCUUCAUUAUACUCUGAAAGUACAGAUCAGGAUUCAGAAAGUACACAUCCGAAUAAUGUAUUUCUACGACAUACGUUAAGUAAAGGUACUGAAUGCCAUGUAACAAAAGAAUCAAAAACAAUUUCUACUUCAAAUCAUGAGUUUCCUGUACCUAGCCAAUUUGCUGAUUUGAGUCUUAAUACAAAUGAUAGUGUUGAUGAUCACCAACAUUCUAUUUUACAUAGUGCUUAUAAUCAAGAUGAUGAUGAUAUUAUUGAAGACAUUCCUUUAUUUGACAAUAUUAGCCAGAAUGAAAGAGGGCCAAGUUUAGAAAAUCAAGAAAAUCUUGAAUCUCGCUCUAAUGAAGAAAGUUUAAACAUGCCGAGAACUCAGACAUUUGAUUCUUACACGACUAAAAAUGAUUUUGAGCAGACAAAAUUUAAUUAUGAGAAUAAACAAAGUUCAUCUUCUUCUAUUUAUAAUAGCAUAACUAACUAUUUAUCUUAUAAUACUGAUAAAUCGUCAAACAUUCAAAAUGCUUCUCCGUUGAAUAAAGGUUUAUAUCUUAGUCAAACAAACACUUCAACUCAGCCUAGUUCAUCGAGUAGUUCAAUUUUACAACACUCACAAAGUAAGCCAUCAUUCCCUUAUGGCAAUACUGAAAUAUUUAAUCAACAGGCAUCAAUAAGUGUUCAAAAUUAUAAUGAUGACCUUAAGUCAGAACAUUUUAACCAACAAAACAAACACAUUCAACCUGAUGUACAAAACUCAAAUUUUCCCCCAAUUGAUUCUAAAUUACAAUCCAAUGUUACUAGUAAUAAACAAGAUAAAAUAGUUUUUGAACAGAUUACAUCAUCAGCUCAAACAUUAAAUUACCAAACUAGUAGUCAAUCUAUGAAUUCUUGUGCUACCAAUUUAUAUAAUCACCAAAAUGAACAAGGUAUUGAAUCUAUUAACCAGCAUUUAAUGUAUACAUCUUCAAAACCAUCUGAAUUGUUAAAUGAUAGUCAACCUAUAGCUCACAAUUCAUCAUUAAUAUCUACUCAGUCUCUUGGUCCUGUAACUUCAGCUACUACCGCAGUUCCUUUAAGAAGUUCAUUUUCCGUGCCUACAACAGUAGUUCAAGAUAACCAGCAUACACAGUAUCAAAAAUCAGAUGACCAUUCUAGUAACUUAUUAAAUUUAUCUAAUGUUACUAAAACUAGUCCAAUUGAUGUAUUAAAUCAAGACUCUACAAAUGUUAUACAAUCUGAGUUUGAUAUUAAACUUUCACAAUCACCAAUUAAUAACAUCCUUGGAAAUCAACUAGAAACAACAGUUGAUCAAUCUAAACCCAUAGAUGUUCAAUUUAAAGAAGACCAACGCAAUGAAGAAAAAUUGUUGUCUCCAUCAUCUUUUCAAAAUGUUACUCAGUCUAAUGAUUUCUUUAAUCCUAAUAGUAUAACUUCUCAACUAGAGUUAAAAAAUCAGCAACUUUCAAAAAAUCAAUUUACACCACAACAAUUUAUGAUUGAUGACAAUUUAAAAACUUCAAGUGAUCAAUUUUCUAAUAAACCUAUACAUUUUGUAUCCCAAUCAAUAAACAACCAAAAUGUGGCUGUACAACAAUCUAUACCAACUGCAGGUCACAGUGUUAGUCAUUAUUUUGAUUCAUCAAAUGUAGAUAAUACAUUUGUGUUAAAUCAACACUCAUGUAAUUUACAAUCUAGUAAUCAAUUUCAAAACUUGCAAACACAAAAUAAGCCCAUUGUUUCAAUUGAUUCUACUUCAGACAAACCAAACAGUGGUAUGUUAUUUUCUAAUGCACAAAAUACCUCAACAAAUUCAUUGUCUUCAAAUCAGCAACCACUGUUGGUAAAAAAUGAAAUUCAAAUAGAUGAAAAUUUAAAAUCAGAUUCUGACGUGACAUCAGAGGAAACUUUACAUUCUUCAGAACCUGUUUUGACUCAAUCAAAUAGUUUGAAUUAUGAGUCAUUAGAAAAUGCAGAAACAUUGACACCUAAUAAUCAAUUUUCCAAAAUGGCCAUUGAUGAGCAACACAAUAUAUCUGAUAAUAAAAUACAUAUUCGGGAGCAAUUAGCACAUACCUCUUAUUUUUCAAAAGACACAUCUCUUGAUCAAGAAGAACAUUCUAUUGCAUUUCAAAACUUUUCUACUACAUUGCAUGAUAAUAAUAGUUCAGCGCCUAAAUUAUCAGAAGUCAAUAACAAGUCUCAAUCACUACCAAGUAAAGAAACAAAUUUGCCGUCUUUAAAUUCAGAUCUACCUACAAACAAAGUUUCUCCACCAUCAAUAAGUAAUCAAAUUGUACUAGAUAAUAAACCAGUUAGUCAAUUAGAAGCUAACCAAUUUCCUCAGCAACAUUUUAAUGAUCAAGUAACAUCAAAUGAAAUUUCAUCAACAUCUAAUCAGUUGCCACCUCAAAUGUUUGACAACCAACCAAAGUCAAACAAUAUACAGCCUCUUCAGUCUGCUUCAAAUUUGUAUAAAACACAACCAUUUAAUAAUCAACAAACAUCAGAUGCUGUUUCUGUAGCAUCUAAUCAAUUUCCACCAACAAGUUUUGGUAAUCAACUAAAAUCAAGUACUAUACAGCCUUUACAAACAACCUCAAUUCCUCCUAAUCAACCAACACUAUCUACAAAUCCAUCUAUGUCAUUGGAAAGUAAUCAGUUACCAACACAGAUAUUCAGUAAUCAGCCAAAAUCAGAUACCAUACAGCAUCUUCAGUCUGCAUCAAAUCCAUGUACAACACAACCAUUUGAUAAUAAACUAUUCCCUAGUACAAUUCCAUUAGUGUCAAAUCAAUUGCCACCACAAAUGUUCAGUAAUCAACCAACAUCUAAUACUGCAUCACCUUCUCAAAUUGCAUCAAGUUCUUGUUCAACACCAAUUGUUUCAACGACCACUAAUCAAUUUCCACCAGCAAUGUUUAGUAAUCAAUCAACAUCAGAUACUGUUCCACCUCUUCAAUCUGCAUCAAAUUUGUUUCCAAUACAAGGGUUUAGUAAUCAAACAAAAUCAGUCACGGUUCCACAUGUUCAACCAUCAAGAAUUAACCAGUUUCCUCCACAAAUUUUAAGUAAUCAAACAAAAUCAAUGGCUAUACCACAUAAUCAAACUGCAGCAAAUUCGUUUAUAAACCAAUCCACACCAAGUACAACAUGGCCUGUUUCAUCAGCUACCAAUCAAUUUCAAUCACAGACGUUUAAUAAUCAAGUUAAAUCAGAUGUCUAUCCUCUUCAAACAUUGUCUAAUCAGUAUGCAUCACAACCAUUCAAUAACAAGACAAUAUCUAAUAUGAGUCCGCAUGUUCCUUCAAUGACAAGUCAGUUACCUUCACAUAUAAUAAAUAAUCAACCGAAAUCAAAUGUUGCUCAUAUUCAAUCAACAACUGGUCAGUAUCCAUUCCAACCAUUUAAUAAUCAACAUACACCAACUACUAUUCCGUCAGCUGUUAACCAGUUACCACCACAGUUAUUCAGUAAUCAACCUAAAUCAAAUGUUGUCCCUUCUCUUCAAACAACAUCUAAUCAGUAUAAUUUACAAGCAUCCAAUAACCAACAAACACCAAAUUUUAUUCCACCAGUUUCAACUUCUGUAAAUCAGUUUCCUCCUCAAAUACUCACUAAUCAACCUAGAUUAGACCUCGGUUCAUCAAAUAAACCGACAGCCAAUCAAUAUCAGUCGCAACCAAUAAUUAAUCAAUCUAUAUCAGGUGUUCCACCAAUUCAACAAGCAGCUAAUCAGUAUCCAUCACAGCCGUUUCAUCAUCAAUCCAAACCAAGCAAUUUUCCACCGUCUCAAACAGUCAAAAAUCAAUAUCUUUCUCAACCAUUUAGUAAACAACCUGGUCAACAAGUAUUGCCAAAACAAAAUCUUCAACAUGUCUCAAGUAACCAGUUUGGUAAUCAAUCAAAUACAGUCCAACCAGGCCAAAACCAGUGGCCACCAGCUAAUUUUUCAAGCCAGCCUAACUUAAUGUCUUCACAGCCAUUAACUAUGAACUCAGCUCUUAAUUUGCCUAUUCCACCUCCCAGUGUUAAUCAACAAAGUCAAAGGCUUGGAACUAAUAUGUUACCACCAAAUCCCUUGUCUUCUAAUAAUUACUACAAUCAAGUUGAAGGAAAUGUAAAUGUCCAACAGCCUCAGUCUUCAAAUCAGAAUGUACAAUUAGCACCAAAAGGGUACCCACCACAAAGUAACAUGGGCUUUUCUAGUCAAAUAAAUUACCAGCAACCAAAUACUCUCCAUGGACAUCAAGGUUAUCAUAAUCAACAGCAAGACCAGUAUAGACCAGAACAGAAUCCUUCAGUUGUACAACAAGGUUUUGCCAAGACAUGGGGGUAUGACAAUCUGGACUUAUUAAAAUCAAGAGACGUGCUGCCAGGUGAUGGAGUUCAACCACCAGAGAUUAAACUUCCUCAAGGAUAUGCUAAUUGUGAUAACUGUUCUCCAGAUAUAUUCCGAUGUACAUUAAAUAAGUUUCCAGCUUCAAAGAGUUUGCUAGACAAGAGUCGAUUGCCAUUAGGGAUAUUAAUACAUCCUUAUAAAGAUCUUUCACGUUUAACUGUGAUACAAUGUGAAACUAUCACAAGAUGUCGGAAUUGCCGUUCAUAUAUAAAUCCAUUUGUUCAGUUUAUUGAUAAUGCUCAUUGGAAAUGUAACUUAUGUUACAGAGUUAAUGAAUUACCUGGUGAGUUUCAAAUUGAUCCGUAUACUAAAACACUGGGUGACCCUUCUAGGAGACCAGAAAUACAAAAUGCUACUAUUGAGUACAUAGCUUCACAAGACUAUAUGGUUAGACCUCCACAACCAGCAUUAUAUCUAUUCCUUUUGGACGUAUCGCGUACUGCAACUUUGACUGGAUAUUUAGAAAUUGUAUGUGAUCGGAUUUUGAAUAAAAUUAUGGCAGAUGACAUACCUGGAGAUUCCAGAACUAAUAUAGGUUUCAUCACAUAUGAUUCAUCUGUUCAUUUUUAUCAAAUAGCAAAUAGUGAUGGAGGACAGCCUAAACAGCUUAUCGUUAGUGAUAUAUCUGAAAUAUUUUUACCAUUGCCUGAUGGUCUAAUGGUAAAUUUAGAAGAAAAUAAGGCAGCUAUAAAAGAUUUGUUGACAAGUUUACCCAAUAAUUAUAGAGAGUCUUAUAACACUGGUUGUGCCUUAGGAGCUGCACUUCAGGCAGCUUUUAAAAUAUUGGCUCCACGUGGAGGCCGCGUUACAGUGUUCCAAGCUAGUUUACCAAAUUGUGGGCCAGGUAGUUUAGAAUCAAGAGAUGAUGGAAACCCCCACACUGGUGACCGUGUUCAGCAUAUGGCUCCAUCUACCGACUUCUAUAAAAAACUAGCUCUUGAAUGUAGUGGUGAACAGAUUGCUGUUGACAUGUUUUUCGUGUCCUCGCAAUAUUUAGAUGUUGCUACUAUUUCUGGAAUAUCAAAAUACUCAUCUGGAUGUAUACAUAAUUUCCCUCAAUUUGAUGUUAAAUCCCCAACUAUAGUAACACGCUUUAUAAACUGUUUUGAUCGAUAUUUGUCUCGUAAAAUUGGUUUUGAAGCUCUCUUGAGACUACGGUGUACACGAGGUGUGGCAAUACACUCUUUCCAUGGAAAUUUCUUUGUACGCUCUUCCGAUUUGCUUAUGUUGCCCAAUGUUAAUCCUGACAAUGCAUAUGGUAUGCAGUUAUCUAUUGAAGACAGUUUGGAUGGUGUUUCUGUUGUUUGUUUCCAGGCAGCAUUACUUUACACUUCUAGCAAUGCGGAACGCCGCAUUCGAGUUCAUACACUUUGCAUACCAGUUACCGAAAAUUUAGAUGAUGUUUUUCACAAUGCUGAUCAACAAGCGAUAACAUGUUUGAUAGCCAAAAUGGCUGUUGACCGAAGUACAGAAAAAUCAUUAUCUGAUGCACGUGAAGCAUUUUUCAAUGCUAUCUCAGAUUCUCUCUCUGCGUUCAAACUUGGUUGCUCAUCCUACAAUGGGCCUGGAACGAUGCUGUCUCCUUUAUCAUUAAAAGUGUUCCCGUUGUAUAUUUUAGCUACAUUAAAACAUGCGGCAUUUAGAACUAAUCAGCCAACACGACUUGAUGAAAGAAUGUUUAGUAUGUGUCAAAUGAAAAGUUUACCAUUGAACAAUCUUAUUCAUUAUAUAUAUCCAGAUUUAUAUCCUAUAUACGCUUUAGAGGAACAGCCAAAAAUAGAUUAUGAAAAGUUGACAGAAAUUCCCCUUCCCCCAGUCAUACAAUUAUCUGCAGAACGUGUUGAAUCCAACGGUGUCUAUUUAAUGGAUGACAGUGAAACAUUAACCAUAUUUAUUGGGCAUAGGUGUUCGGAUCAACUUAUACAACAAUUAUUUGGUUAUGUGAAUGUUAAUUCAAUGCCAGAACUAAUUACUUCAUUGGCAGAAGUGGACUCCAAACCAUCAUAUUUGUUACGUAGUUUUAUUUCUUAUCUUCAACAUUUUAAGCCAUAUCCAUUACCAAUAGAAAUAAUAAAGGACAAUGGACCACAUAAAUUACGUUUUUACAGUCGACUUAUCGAAGAUAAAUUUGAAUCAUCAUUAUCUUACUAUGAAUUCUUACAACGGCUCAGUCAACAAGUUCGAUAAUGGAGUAUUAUUAAAAAUAAUUGAAAUAAAAUAUCAAUGCUUAAUAUACACCUACUAAAUGUUUUUUUAUUCUCUUAUAAAUAUUUAUUUGAAGAAAAUGAUGUAAGUUAAAUUUGUAUUUUGUAUAUUCCAUCAAUUAUUUGUUAUUUUCCUUUAUUGAGUUUUAAUGAUAGAUAAUAUAAAAUUAUUUGAUUUAUAAUUAGUCGUUUUCUUUUUUUGUAUAUAAAUUAAAGAAAAUCUUUUAAAUAUAUUGUAUAAUGAUUUUUAAUGUUAAGUAGUAUCUACACAGUUAAAAUAUUGUUUUAUGUGGUUAUUGGCCAGCUAAGUGUCUGGCAUUAUUUAUUUGUGAAAUUGUUUUAUUAAAAAUAUGUUUAUUCUAUUUUA